UGAGAAACAACAACAUCACUGAUUGCAAAGUAGCCCCAGUGCUGGAGGUCAGUGCUACUGUAGAGUGUCAGCUCUGCUGGGGAGAAGACGCUCAGUGCAGCGCAGAGGAGGAAGAACCACGCUUCUGUAAAGUUUCGCGGUCGGCCGAUCCAUUCCCACAAUUCACCGAUCUUUAUUUUUUGGAGCUCGUGAUUAGAUCGAUUAGAUCGUCAGCUCUGCGGCCGGGCUCCAGGUGUGGAGAAGGAGCAGUGAUGAAGUGAAGGUUGUCCACGAUGUCUGACGGGUCCAAUCUCCUUGUGUCCGAAUGGCUCCAGACCAUCAAAUUGGAUGUGUACAGAGACCUCUUUGAGAAACAUGACCUGCGCCUGGUGUCGGACCUGCGUCACCUGACCGAUGACUUUCUGCUGCACAUCGGAAUCCAGCUUCCGGGACACCGCAAGCGCAUAUUGGCGUCUAUCCACAAGUCCGUUCCUCUGGAACCACCGUUGGAAAAUGACGGUAGUAAGCCGGUCCCUAAGAAGAGGAACGUCUUUGUCACAAAGUCCUCCCCGCUUCAGUACCCGGGACUCGACGUUGAGUCAGCUGCUCCUCCAGAACCGCCAGAGAGCGCCAGGACCGUCCGCUCGCCACCUCCCAUUCCACCACGGGUCACACGCGUUCCACCACUAAAGUUCUCCACCACUCCACCCAAAUCUGCCUCUCCAAUCAGCUUGCUGGAAUCUCAGCCUGCUGAGCAGGAUCCCUCUAGCCCUACCAUACCCAGCUUUUGUCCUUCGCCAUUCACUCCGGAUGCUUUUGGGUACAUGGACAACAAUGAAUAUGAGGAAGAGCCCCCGAAAACGGUGGCCCCACCUUUGCCACUGAAACGAAACAAGGUGCCGGAGUCCAAGAGUAGGACCCCUCCGCCGAUUCCAGUGCGGCCUUCAAAACCCAUGCCACCGCUGCCUAGCAGUCCAACACCAGCAACAGAUGAAACAAAAGUUCCUGAAGAUCCGCCGGUCUUUCCUUUGCUCUCUGUUCCGAAGCCGCUGCCUCGCGCGUUUCCUCGGGAUCCGCCCUCCGCUCCUGUGCAGCCUCCGCCCCGUGACGUCUUUUCAGGUUUCCACAGGCCGGAUAUCAUGGAUAACGACACGGGGAACAUCUAUGAAUUUCACAAAGAUAUAGACGUGGUCGCUCUCACUGGAUUCCGGCGGCUGAAGACGGAUGACGACCUGAUAGACAACAGUGCCGAUGACUACGAUGACGCCCAGUCCUUCAGGCGCAGUGACAGUGACCUCAGCAUGCAGCGCUCCACUGGCUCCCUCUCCUCUGGGGUCUCCAGCUCACACAGCGGGAACAUGGAGGACGGCGACCCGUCCGCACAGCAUACAACCGUCAUCAGGGCGGGAUGGCUGGACAAGAACCCGCCGCAGGGCUCAUACAUAUUCCAGAAACGUUGGGUGAAGCUGGACACAGACUACCUCCGAUACUUUGACAGCGACAAGGAUGUGUACUCAAAGCGGAUGAUCAAGACAAACUCUAUAGCCAGGGUGUCUUCCAUGGGAGACCAGAAAUUUGAGGUGGCAACAUCCAAUAGGAACUUCAUGUUCCGGGCUGAGAGUGAUGCGGAAAGGAACGAGUGGGUUAAAGCCUUCCUGCAGAUCCUGGAAGAGAGAAAGAUGAAGGCGCUCAAUACCCCCACCCUGGAGAACCUAGACAAAUACGGGCCCCUGGAAAUGAAAGGGUGUAAGCCAAAGCUGUUUGUGGCUGUGGCGGCAGACAAGGUCUAUCUGUACAAAAACGGAGAGGAUUUUUACUCCGGGGUCGGAAUUACCUCCAUUGACAUGAACGUCGGCAACGUGAAGGAAGUGGACAAGAAAUGCUUCGACCUGACCACGCCGUACAAGACCUUCAGUUUCAUCGCCGACAACGAGCAGGAGCGGGGGGAGUGGGUGGAAGCCAUGAUGCAGUCUGUAGCCGGUGCGCUGUCCAACCCCGAGGUCGCCAAGAAGAUCUGGUCGCUGGAAGCCAACCGACACUGUGCUGACUGCGAUGCCCUGAAUCCCGAGUGGGCCUCCAUCAACCUUUGUAUGGUCAUCUGCAAGAAGUGCGCAGGGGAACACCGCAGCCUAGGACCCAACAUCAGCAAGGUGCGGAGCCUCAAGAUGGACAACAAGAUCUGGACGGAGGAACUAAUACAGCUCUUCCUGGAGCUCGGGAAUGAAGUCAGUAACAGGUUUUGGGCAGCCAACGUCCCCCCGAGCGAAGCCAUCAACGCCUGGAGCGGGGUGCAGGAGAGGAAGAUCUUCAUCACCGCCAAGUACCGCGAGGGCAAGUACCGCCGCUACCACCAGCUCUUCGGGAACCAGGCGGAGCUCAACAAGGCCCUGUGCGUCGCGGUGACCACCAGCGAUCUGACCGAGACGCAAGCCCUGAUCUUCUGCGGAGCCGACAUCAGCUGCACCUGUGCGGACGACUUCUUCUCCCAACCCCUGGAGCUGGCGCAGCAGGCAGGGCAAAGGCUGCAGGAGGAGUUCCUGAGGCAGAAUCGCACGUCCGAGACGCCGCGCCUGGAUCUGGGGACAAACCUGGAGAAGCCGUAUUAUAUCAUGCACCAAUCCAUCACCCACAAUGGCUACCUCUACAAGACCUCGUCCAUGGCCAGGCUGGUCACCGACAGGAAGUCCAAGGAAGAGUUCAGCCGCCGCUGGUGUGUCCUCAAUGACGGGGUGCUGAGCUACUACGAGAACAACCACAGCAAUUCCUCCAACGGCGACAUCCGCAUGGAUGAGAUCGUGUGUGUGGCAGUGAUCCCGCCGGAGACACACGGAUAUGACAGCACCUUCGAGAUUUACACUAAGUCCGAGAGACUGUAUCUGUUCGCCGCCGACAAACCGGAGGAGGCCAGAGAAUGGGUGAAAUCCAUCACUAAGUGUUUCCUCCCACCGAAGGCGGAGGAGCUCCUCAGUUACGACUUUGACCGCAUCGGUCGGUUGCAGUUCAAAGGCGGCCGCAGUCUGGAGCGCAGUACGGUCGGCUGGUUCUCGCUGUGUAAGACCAACCUGUACACCUACGUGGAAGAGAACGACAUGGUGGAGGUCAUCAACCUGAAGAAGCUGUCUGAGCUGUCCACAAAAGAUAAAGAUAUCCUGGUGCUGGGGGAGAAAGGCAGGAUUACCUACAUGCAAGGUGAGAAGAAGCUGGACUUCUCAGGGUGGGUGUCGGCUAUCCAGAAGGCCAGCAGCACCUCCGGCGACACCCUAUCGGAGCAGCAGCUGACGAACUCGGACAUACCGGUCAUCGUGCAGAAAUGCAUCGAUCACAUUUCCCGAUUUGGUGUGGAAUCUGAAGGGAUCUAUCGGAAGAGUGGACAGAAAUCGAAGAUCACUAGUCUUCUGGAAGCUCUGAAGAAGGACGCUCGAAGUGUGGCCUUCAAGGAAGAGGAGCCUGUGGACAACGUGUCUGACACCCUCAAAAGGUUCUUCCGAGAACUCGGGGAGGGAAUAUUCACAGAACAUUGCAGGCAGUGGUUACAUGUAACAGGGAUUCAGAAUGAGGAGGAGAGAAUACGACACUACCGGGAGCUGCUGGAGAUCCUUCCACCUGUCAACAGAGCCACAAUAAAAGCACUAACCAGUCACUUACACUGUAUUCAGCACUUUUCAGUGGUCAAUCAGAUGAACAUUCACAAUCUGGCCAUUGUCUUCGGCCCCACGCUCUUCCAGACGGACGGUCAAAACUACAAGCCGGGCCGAGUGGUUGAGGACCUCAUCAGCUUCUACUUGGAAAUAUUUAAUGUGGACCAACGGGAGCUCCAAAAGCAGCUGGACAUUGCCUCCACCAUCAUGAAAGUGCGGAACCCCCAGGCCAAGCCCAGGGGAACCGACUUCAUCUGUUCUGUCUACCUGAGGGAGGUGAAGCCUGAGUGUGAGCAGAACGUCCACAUCGCGGUCACCAUGACGGCACAGGAGCUGGUGGAGACGCUGCUGGAGAGGCGGAACAUCUCGCCGAAGGCCGGAGAAUAUUGGAGCUGCGUGGAGGUCGACACAACGGAGGAGAUAGAGCGCCCCCUACACUUCUCCGAGAAAGUGCUGCCAAUCUUCCACACCAGUGCCAACGGCAGCACCCACCUGGUGGUAAAAGAGGACCCCAACAUGGACACCAUGCUGUUUUACCUUAAAAACCGGGUGGGAGACUCCAAGACCGGGAUGAUGAGGUUCCGGGAAGACAAGAGCCUGCUGGACUUCACCGCCAAAUUCCACGAGCGCUACUUCAUGCUGAGCAGCGCCACGCUGCGCAUGUACCGGGAGAUCCGGAAUCCAAGAUCGUCGAGCGCCGACAUCGCUGUGGAGAGUCACCGUCCGGAUAAAGAGUGGGAGGUGAAGAAUCUGACCGUCUACCUGGGGAUCAAAAAGAAGAUCCGGGUACCCCAGGGCAGUUGGGGAUUCACAAUAAUGUGCAAGAAUGAGAAGAACGAGAAGAGCCAAUGGUAUCUUUGCUGUGACUCGGUUGGGGAGAUGAGAAAUUGGCUGGCAGCGUUCAUGUUUGCACAGUAUGGCAGUCUGUGGCCAGAAGAGUCGAUGCCGGUGCGGACACGGAGCUCCCGGCAGGAUCCGUCGCUUGGGAACCGAUCGCUUAUUCCUAUUCGGGGGAAUGACAUGGAAAUCAGGAGAAGCAUGGCUGCCUUCACAGCAGACCCGCUAACGCUUCUGGGAAAUGUAUGAGAGCGGUGGAGGGUCUCCGGGUGUGAACUGCGUUGGAGAUACCCUGCUUGAAGGACCCGACCCAUUGUAGGAGGCCUUCUCUGCCUCCAGGACGUGUUGACCACUCUGGACUUUGGACGUGUGCGCAUGUGUGAGAUCGCCAUGGCGAACGGAUUGCGACUGGACUUUGCGUUGCAGACGAACCUGCGAGACUUGGGAUGUGUAUAGAGGAACUCGAUGCCUUGUAGAUAGUCUUUUCUUCCUUUUUUUUUUUUUUUCAAUGCACUAACAAAAUAGACGCAGCCUAGGAAACGCAGCUGGUUAAACGUCUAUUGAACGGGAUACGACUGAACGUGUAAACUGAUGGCACCCCCGGUGGUAUGCAGUGGGUAUGACCGUUUCCUUUCACUCCGGGGGGCUGAGAAAUAGCUGAACAAUGGCUCACCUCGGUUCUUCCUUCCGUAUUUUCCAUAAUAAUUGAUGAUUAUCUGUGUUUCUCCAUGAAAAAUCAUCUUUACCGGGACUCUUCAUCAUCUCCGAUCAUUCCACAUCGCCCACCAUUAGGUUCUCAGAUUUUUGGGUGGACGUCAUGGAGGGUUUUAGAGUAAACUGGUCAAACCGCGGGCGUAUGUUGGCCCAGCUACAGACUUGAGAGAUCUUUAAAGAUUCCACAUCUUCAUUGUGUUCUGGGCCUUCCCUUCCGGUUGGAUGUGUGUAGAGCAGCUUCUCUAGGAACCUCCCAAAGGCGAUCAUUUUGGUUUCCAAGACCAUGGUGCCCUCUUCUUCAGGAUCUGGUCUGCUGGACUUUUCAUGAAGAACUGGAACAUUGAAGAUGGGUCCCAACUUGAAGAGAGGCAUUGCCCGACGACCAUCCACCCAAUCAUCAUUCAACCGAUAUCUAGAGGUGUGAAGACCACCAUCUUCUGGAUCUUCUCUGGAAUCAGGACGGGCGACAUUGUGCCCAGCGCGCCCUCCUGGUUCUGACCGCCAUGUAAUCCACCCAAUCAUCAUUCAACCGAUAUCUAGUGGUGUGAAGACCACCAUCUUCUGGAUCUUCUCUGGAAUCAGGACGGGCGACAUUGUGCCCGGCGCGUCCUCCUGGUUCUGACCGCCAUGUAACAUCUUAUACUAAGAUACUUCGCUUUGUAUUUAACAGAGAAACUAGACGACAAUCUGGGAUCUAGAUGUUUUUAUUGAAUUUGUUAAUAAAAGAAAAGUGUUUAAUGUG